AUGUCUACUUUCAGUAGUACUUCCUCUGUUAUUCCAGUGCUUAAUGGUAAACACUAUUACAUUUGGGCUGUCAAGAUGAGGUUUUACUUAAGGUCUCAAGGUUUGUGGAAUGUUGUGAUGUCUGAAACUGAUCCACCACCAUUGGGAGCAAAUCCUACAGUUGCUCAGAUGAAAGCAUAUGAGGAGGAAAAACUCAAGAAAGACAAAGCCAUCACCUGCCUACAUUCAGGACUUGCAAACCACAUCUUCACCAAAAUCAUGGACUUGGAAACUCCUAAACAGGUAUGGGACAAGCUCCAAGGUGAAUUUGAGGGCAGUGACAGAGUCAAAAUUUUCAGGCUUCUCACAUUGAAAAGAGAGUUUGAAUUGAUGAAGAUGAAAGACAAUGAACCUGUGAAAGAUUAUUCUAGCAAGUUAAUGGAUGUCGUAAACCAAAUGAGGCUUCUUGGUGAGGCAUUUACAGAUCAAAAGGUGGUAGAAAAGAUCAUGGUUUCAGUGCCUCAAAAGUUUGAAGCCAAGAUCUCUGCAAUUGAAAAGUCUUGUGAGUUGCAAAGUCUCACAAUUGCAAAGUUAACCAACAAGCUUCAUGCGCAGGAGCAAAGGGUCUUAAUGAGAGGUGAUGAAGCUACUAAAGGUGCUUUUCAAGCAAAUCAUAAGGGAAAGAGUUCUGGAAACCUGUAA